UCAGGUGGAGUCGAGAGGCCGGAGGAGGGGCAGGAGGAAGGGGUGCGGUCGCGAUCCAGGCCCGGAGCCAGCGAGGAGCAUCAGCGCCCGGGGCGAACACCUUCGCUCGCAGUUCAACCGCACACCAGUUUCCAGCCGCCGCGCUUCGGGAAAAAUGUGUCUGGCUUCCCAAUCAAAGAACUGUCCCUUUCACCUCUGCACCCCACCAAGGACUGGACCACCUCCUCAAAGAGCAGACGUGUCUUUAUAACAGACUGUAGGCUUGGAGCCUUGUAAAAUGUACAUGGAGGUUUCACAAUCAAGCACACGGAAUCCAAUUGAAGGCAGCUAAACUUUGUGUUGAUUUGAUUAGUGUGAUCUCAGCUCAAGGCAAAGGUGGGAUAUCAUGGCAUCUAUCUGGGUUGGACACCGAGGAACAAUAAGAGAUUAUCCAGACUUUAGCCCAUCAGUGGAUGCUGAAGCUAUUCGGAAAGCAAUCAGAGGAAUUGGAACCGAUGAGAAAAUGCUCAUCAGCAUUCUGACUGAGAGGUCAAAUGCACAGCGGCAACUGAUUGUUAAGGAGUAUCAGGCAGCAUAUGGAAAGGAGCUGAAAGAUGACUUGAAGGGUGAUCUCUCUGGCCAUUUUGAGCAUCUCAUGGUGGCCCUAGUGACUCCACCAGCAGUCUUUGAUGCAAAGCAGCUAAAGAAAUCCAUGAAGGGUGCUGGAACAAAUGAAGAUGCCUUGACUGAAAUCUUAACUACCAGGACAAGCAGGCAAAUGAAGGAGAUCUCUCAAGCCUAUUAUACAGUAUACAAGAAGAGCCUUGGAGAUGAUAUUAGUUCGGAAACAUCUGGUGACUUCCGGAAAGCUCUGUUGACUUUGGCAGAUGGCAGAAGAGAUGAAAGUCUGAAAGUGGAUGAGCAUCUGGCCAAAAAAGAUGCCCAGAUUCUCUAUAAAGCUGGUGAGAACAGAUGGGGCACGGAUGAAGACAAAUUCACUGAGAUCCUGUGUUUAAGGAGCUUUCCUCAACUAAAACUAACAUUUGAUGAAUACAGAAAUAUCAGCCAAAAGGACAUUGUGGACAGCAUAAAAGGAGAAUUAUCUGGGCAUUUUGAAGACUUACUGUUGGCCAUAGUUCAUUGUGUGAGGAACACGCCGGCCUUUUUAGCAGAAAGACUGCAUCGAGCUUUGAAGGGUGCUGGAACUGAUGAGUUUACUCUGAACCGAAUAAUGGUGUCCAGAUCAGAAAUUGACCUUUUGGACAUUCGAAUAGAGUUCAAGAAGCAUUAUGGCUAUUCCCUGUAUUCAGCAAUUAAAUCAGAUACUUCUGGAGACUAUGAAAUCACUCUCUUAAAAAUCUGUGGUGGAGAUGACUGAACCAAGAAGAUAAUCUCCAAAGGUCCACGAUGGGCUUUCCCAACAGCUCCACCUUACUUCUUUCUCAUACUAUUUAAGAGAACAAGCAAAUGUAAACAGUAACCUGUGUUCCUAACAGAAAUUCUCAUUGUUCUAUAACAACAACAAAAACGAUUAUUACUUUAGAGCAUCUCAUUUAUAAUGUCGCAGGUCAUAAAUGAAAUUUAAAAUGGUAUUAAGGAUCUGCAAAUACUAUCCAACUUAUAUUUCUGCUUACAAAGUAAGAAUCUUUUUAUAGUUCUAAUCCAUUAAAUAUAAAGCAAGAUAAUAAAAAUUGUUGCUUUUGUUAAAAGUAA